AGGAAGCGACAACCCAAAAAGAGAGCAGGCUGGAAGAAGAAGAAGAAGAAGCAGAAGAAGAAGAAGAAAAAAAAAACAGUGGAGGCCCCAGAUCAUAUCGUUGGAUUGGCUUCUCCACGUCAGAUCCACUGCCGGGGGUCGCAAACCUCGGCCUGGACCCGACCUGCCACUUCUGAGCCGUUUCUGUAGGAGUUAGGUUUUUACGUGGCACAGUCCUGAGCAUGUCCUGCUCAUAAGGCUGAAGUACCUGCCACACAGAGGAAACAGGCGAGUCUGUUUGAACUUGGCCAUGGCCCACACCACCGGUAUCCAGUAUGAGCCAGUGGCAGAGAUCGGAGGCGGUGCUUACGGGACUGUUUAUAAGGCCCGGGACACAGAGAGCGGGCAGUUUGUUGCUCUGAAGAGCGUGCGUGUCCAAACAGACCAAAAUGGCCUGCCUAGCUCCACAGUCAGAGAGGUGGCUCUGUUGAAAAGGCUGGAGCAGUUUGACCACCCAAAUGUAGUCAGGCUCAUGGAUGUAUGUGCCACCCAGAGGUCGGAGCAGGAGACUAAAGUCACCCUGGUCUUUGAGCAUGUAGACCAAGACCUCAAGACAUACCUCGAGAAAGCUCCAGCCCCCGGGUUAUCUCCCGACCGCAUUAAAGACUUGAUGAGGCAGUUGCUGUGUGGUCUUGCAUUCCUUCACUCUAACCGCGUGAUGCACAGAGACCUGAAACCAGAGAAUAUUUUGGUAACCAGCCAGGGCCAGGUGAAGCUGGCUGACUUCGGACUAGCCAGGAUCUACAGCUGCCACAUGGCUCUGACUCCUGUGGUGGUGACGCUGUGGUAUCGCCCCCCUGAGGUCCUGCUACAGUCCAGUUAUGCCACACCUGUGGACAUCUGGAGCACAGGCUGCAUCUUUGCUGAGAUGUACCGACGCAAGCCGUUGUUCUGUGGAGAAUCAGAAGUGGACCAACUUGGGAAAAUUUUUGAAGUUAUUGGCCUGCCGCCAGAGGACGAGUGGCCGACUAAUGUUACGCUCUCAAGAAAAAACUUUCCCCCUCUCACGCCUCGCCCAAUCAGCGACUUUGUUUCCGAGAUAGAUGAGCAGGGGGCACAACUAUUGCUGAAAAUGCUGACCUUUGACCCCUUGAAACGAAUAUCUGCCCUGAAUGCACUAGAACAUCCAUAUUUCCAGGAUGAGGAGAAAUUGACUCAAACAAAAAGCUGAAGUGAUGCAGCGAAACAUGCAGCGAGAGGUAACAGCGUCUAAGUUUAGACCUGGCCUACCAACAAAGGAUUUCAGUUUCAUUCAGUGCAUUGCCUUUCAACAUUUCUGGGUUACGCUUUGGGAUAUUAUUUUAUUACUCCUGUAUCAAAAAAGGAUUAAAGCCUGAGAAAUGGGAUAAAAAAAAAUGAAGAGGAGUGAACUUAAGGAUCACUGGCAUGCUUUCCAACAUGUAAAUGUCACAGUUAAUGAUGUUAACAUGUCACGUCUUCAAGGACAGUACCAGUGUUUUUGAUGUUUUGAUUUCUGUAUCUGUCUCAUCAGCAGAGACUCAUACAUACAAAGAAACGUCUGUCGUCCUCUUCUCAGACGCUGCUCGUGUUUAGACAGAAAGAAGCAGCGAUGUCGUCUUUUCUUGUUACAGGCUGAACAAAGUCUGAUAGAAGUGCCACCUCAGAGGGUCAGAGCAGCCGGUCGUUUGUGAUUUUACUGUAUUUCUGACAAAAGGAAAUCUGUAUUAAAAUUAUUAAACAUAACUGUAUUUAAAUCAUGAAGAAAAGCAACAAUAGUUUUGACAUAGAACAAAAACGCACAAGAAAGACACGUGACAAAAUACUGGUAUUGCUCUUAGAAAAAGUAAGAGAAGUUAUGUUUAUUGAAGGACUGAAGGAUUGGACCUCAUUUUAUGUUUAACAUUUUCUUGUCAGCUGCUAAAACCGUCUGAAAUCAACCAGCACUGCAACUACAAGUGAAUAGAGAACAGUUUAAUCACAUUCAGACUUCAUUUGUGUAUUAUGGAAGUCCAUACAAAAUGAAUAAAUAUGAUUCUAAGAAAACUGAAAUGGACUGAAAUAUUUUGUGAAAAACACAACUAUAUUGAAUACUAAGAAAAAGAAAAUACUUAGUAGCCCAACUAAACAGAUUUUUUCUUCUAACAUUGCCUAAAUAUACAGUUAAUGAAUGUGACUGUCAGAGAUGUUGGUUUUUGUGGGUGAACUGUUAUGGCGUCUUUCUCAAAGGGUUACUCAAACCG